AUGACAUCCAUUAAAUUAUAUGUUUAUGAUUUAUCUCUUGGGAUGGCGAGAAAUCUUUCGAUGGGUUUAACAGGAAACCAAAUAGAUGGAAUAUGGCAUACUUCAGUAGUUGUUUAUGACUUGGAAUGGUAUUUCGGUCAAGGUAUAUUUUUUGAUCCUCCGGGUACAACAAUUUAUGGAAGUCCAGUAAAAAUUAUUGAUAUGGGGAAAACAGAAGUUCCUAAAGAAAUCUUUUUAGAACACAUAGAAGGGUUACGGGAAAUUUAUACUGCUGAUAAAUAUCACUUGUUAGAUAAUAAUUGUAAUACCUUUUCUAACGGACUUUGUGAAUUUUUAAACGGUAGUAAAAUUCCUGAUAAUAUCAUUAAUUUGCCUGCAGAAUUUUUGUCAACUCCAAUGGGAAGACAAAUUCGACCUUUUAUUGAAUCAUUCUUCGGACCAAGAAAAAUAGUUCAUUUUGCAGCUGAUGCGGUACUCGUCUCUGCAGUAUUAGCAGGCAUUAAACGUUCAACCGGCUUGUCGGUCGCAACAAAUAAUAUUGAAAAUCAAGAAAUAAGAAAAGCAGUCGAUAAAUUUUUAAAUGUUGGUGAAUGGGUUUUUGACCAAAGUAUUUUAAUUAUGAAUACCUCUGCAUAUUUUGAACGAAAGCGAUGA